AUGCAGAAACGUUCCACUGCUUUCGUCGAUAAGGGAACGCAGAAGCAGGCGGCUUCAACAUCAGCUGCAGUUGUUGUGCUGCGAUGCGGCGAAGCUCGACUGCGACUCGCCGGUGUGGCAGCAGCAUCAGUGACAGAGGCGGUAGCGGUUGCUCCACCCGCGCUCCCACCCCUCUUCCCUCAUCGCUUUAUUCUUGAGGCGAGGGCUCCGGUCGUUAGUGUUUAUGCUAUCGGUGAUGGAAAACGGGAUAGAAUGACUUUCAAAUGGCCAUGGCAAUAUGAUUUCCCGCCUUUCUUCACACUUCAACAGACGCUAGUUACAAAAGAAAAACAAUUAGAAACGUGGGCUAGUUUGGUAAUCGACUACGCACAACACAACAAAAUCUACACACUCGACGUUGCCGAGAUAGCGAACAGCGAGCUCUUUCACAAUCAGAAACUAAAUAGGCGUCUCUCUCCCGAGGGGAUUCGUGCAGUAUUCGACUAUCUCGAACAAAAAAAGCACGUUGAGUGGUUGGAUAUUACAAAAACUCGGUGUCACAUCUAUUGGCGGCGACCUGACGAGUGGGCAGCGCUGAUUUACGCGUGGGCGGUGUCGAACGGUUUGCUGAAUACUCCCUGUACACUGUACGAGAUUGCGCACGGCGACGAUACUGUGCAAGAGUCAUUUUACGGCCUGGAAAAAGACGUGCUGGUGAAAGCAUUGCGUAGUUUGGAACUGCAGCGACGUGCUCAGUUAAUGAAUAUUGGUACAGAGUCGGAAGGAUUGCCUCAUUGUCAAAAGUCGUUUUGCAAGUAUUUUUCAAUUAUGGCUGUUGUCAUUGCUCAACCUAAUAAAUCGGACAGCCUGGACAGCUCUACCUCUAUCGCUGGAUAUUCUAAUGCUCCAUCGUUUUUCAAAUAUUCGAAAGUGAUUGAGGAAGGAGAUGCUGUGAUUAUUUACGUGACGUUCGACUCCACACAUGCAAUUAUUGUUCAACGCGGGCAGACUCUAUGCAUGAAGUACGGAGCACUAAGACACGAAUUCGUGAUAGGAAAGCCGUGGGGAUCACGUAUAUCUGCUACCGCCGGGUAUGUGUUUGCGCUACGACCGUCGGCAGAGCUGUGGACACGUUCUCUACCACGUCGGACUCAAAUACUGUACACUCCCGAUUGUAGUCUCAUUCUUCAACUCUUGGAUGCUAGACCUGGUUCGGUCAUCUGUGAAUCCGGGACUGGCAGCGGGAGCUUGAGUCGUGCCAUUGCUAUCGCUAUAGCCCCUUAUGGACAUUUAUACACGCAUGACAUCGAGGAGAGCAGGACGAAGAAAGUUGAACAGGAAUUCAAAAAGCAUGGCCUAGCUAGUGUGACGACUGCUGUUGUGCAGAAUGUAUGCACCGAUGGAUUCUUCGUGACGAACUUUUGCGAUGGUGUAUUCCUGGACGUUCCCGCACCUUGGGAAGCGAUUACCUACGCUGCCCACGCUAUUUCGCGCACCAGAGGGGGCCGUCUAGUCUCAUUCAGCCCUUGCAUUGAACAGGUCCAACGGGCUUGCGAAAUUAUGCGACAAGUGGGAUUUGUGCAGGUGGAAACGGUGGAGAUCAUACCUAGAACUUACAAGGUUGUGGAAUUGGCUCGUCAAACGCUAGCUGAGUUUGAUUCUACCGGAGAACAAACGGCUGCACAAGAUGUACGAUUCGGUACUGAUCGCACGAGAAAGAGGAAGUUGAGCGAGGAAACCACCGGACGUCUGUUGCCGUGUGUGCCAGGUCGUUCUACAGCGAUUGUGUACCCGUUCAGUCAACCGACCCACACUGGCUAUCUGACGCAUGCCACUAUGUUGCCGAGAGAAUAG